UAACAUAAUGGCGUUAUCCACUGUAUACAAAAUUUGGUGUGAAAACAUAGAAGAUGCAAGUAAAACUCCGACAAGAAUCAAUUGCAUCGAAUUCACUCCAGACUCAGAUAAAAUACUAGUUGCUGCGGGAAAGUUGAUUUUGGUAUCGAUUUGAGAUUUGUGCAUAAUCAAUACGUGUGUUAUUAUUGAGCUGCAUUCUGUUACUUUGCAUGUUUUUCGUAGGUGUAUGACGUCGAUGGAGAUUUGAUGGAGAUGUUGAAAGGACAUAAAGAUACAGUGUUAACAAUUAGUUGGUCAAAAGAUGGUAUGUACAUUGUUGAUAGCCCUUCUGUUAUUUGUGUUUUUGUUAAUUUUCUUGUUGUUAUUGUUCUUGUUGUGUUUUUUAUUGUUAUUGUUGUCGUUGUUGUUGUUGAUGUCUUUGUUGUUGUUGUGCUUGUUGUUGCUGUGUUUGGUUGUUGCGCCUGUUGUUGUUGUGUUGUUGUUGUUGGUGGUGGUGGUGUUGCUGUUGUGGUUGGUGUUGUUGUUGUUGUUGGUGGUGGUGGUGUUGUUGUUGUGGAUGUUGUUGGUGUUGUUUUCAUUAUUUAAGGAGGUAUUUAGAAAUUUUUUAAUGCUAACUCAGACUUCAGAUUUAGGUGAUGUAAGAUAAAGCGGAUUUUUAUCAGAGAUUCUUGCUGCGAUAUUUGUUCGAGGAAAAGCCACUGUUGCCCUACUUGCGCAACCUCGUCCCCAGUGCAAUAAUAUUUAUGUAAGGCUAACUUUCAAAAAGCUCUAUUUUACCUAUGGCAACAACAAAAUAAAUUGUGAACGAAGUUUUUCAGCAUUGUCGAAUACUAUCUUUCUGGUAUUUAACAUACCAUAUUGCCACUACUUAUUAUUUUCGAUACACAUUUUCGUUAAAGGAUUUUCACCCUCGUCCCUAGUGUUUUUUGCCUUUUCGAUAUGAUAUCAAAAUGGCAAAAAACACCUGGGGACGAGGGUGAAAGUCCCUUUUGUCUUUCUGAUAUCAUUCGUACUCGGAAAAUUGUGAUAUUCGUCAAACAAGUAACCGGUCAGGAUCAAAUAAUCAACGGAUCUCUGUUUUAAUUUUUUAUGGUGUGGAAAAAUGAUUGGUGUCUACCACCAGCGUAUAAAUACACACUUGGAUCUCAGGCUUUUGAGUGUCGGUCAUAUCAGAAGGUUUCUAGGAGUACUGUCGCUAUUUUGUAUAUUUUGUAAUCAGGAAAAGAGAAAAAAACCCACAUUAGAGCCCUUCCACAAUCCAAGUUAAAAAAAUGUUGAAACUCA